ACUGGGAUAUCUUCUUCCCCGGCUUGUCUUUAUCCUUUGCUGAGGUCCCUGGAAAUGUUGUGUUUUUAGUGGAGUAGGUGACAGCCCUGUUUUCUGCAUCAGGUCUACUAAGUUUGGAGCAGCAUCAGCAGCUGUCGUAUGACAGAGUAGGAGGGAGUUCAACUCAGGCUCAGCAAAGUCUGCCGGGGAGAGACUGAGUACUAUCUGCUUCUUUUUUCAGGGAGCUGGGACUGAGAAGACAGAGGGCUGAGCCCCUCAUAAGGGUGUCACCUAGCUAGGCAAUAUGGACAUAUAACAACUCAGAAGACCACCAGGCUAGAGACUACUCAACAGAGGCACCUCCAGUCUGCCUGCAGUAUCCACUACAGUGCCAAGAUGAAAGACGACUUUGCAGAAGAAGAGGAGGUGCAAUCCUUUGGAUAUAACAGAUUUGGAAUACAAGAAGGCAACCAGUGUACAAAGUGUAAAAAUAACUGGGCCCUGAAAUUUUCAAUCAUUUUGCUGUAUAUUCUAUGUGCCUUACUUACCAUCACAGUAUCCAUACUGGGAUAUAAAGUUGUUGAAAGAAUGGAUGGUGUUUCAGGUGACAUGGAAAAGUCACACAUGGGUUACAAUAAUAAAAUCUUAGAAGUGGAACAGAACUUGAAAAAAUUAGAUAACCAAGCAGGAGAAAAAUCUGACAACACCAACAGUGAGCUGUCAAGUGUGAGGUCAGAUAUUGUGGCCAUUCGCCAGCAGCUGCGAGAGAUCACAGAAAAAAGCAGCAGGAACAAAGAUGCUCUUGAGAAGCUAAACGAGUCUGGAGACCUUCUGGAUGCUAAACAAAGUCAAAUGAAAAGUGCCUUAGACAAUAACUCUCUAAUGAUUAAUGGAAUCAAUCAAACAUUGCAAGUAUAUAACACUUAUGUCUCCAGUCUGCAACAAGAUACCACAAGCCUUCAAACAAACCUUCAAAACCAGAUGCAAUCAAGCAAUGUAAUCAUUAUGAGUGUUAACAAUCUGAAUUUAACACAGACCCAGCAGAGGACAAUUAUUAGCACUUUGCAGAGGUCAGUGGAUGAUACCAGCCAAGCUAUCCAACGUAUCAAGAAUGAUUUUCUGAGCUUACAGCAGGCUGUUCUUCAAACUAAAAAGGAUACAGAAUGGCUGAGGGAAAGGGUACAGAACUUACAAAGCAUAGCAGCUAAUAACUCAGCUCUUGUCAAGGCCAACAAUGAGACAGUAGAAGAUAUGAGCAAUCAGUUAAAUGCUCUUAAUGGCCAAAUUGACAAUGUCACAGUGAUUGCUCAGACAAAUGAACAAAAUCUUAAGGACCUCCAGGACUACCACAAAGAAUAUGAGAAUAGGACGAAUGCUAAAUUCAACUAUUUGGAAGAACGUUUCCAAAAAUUUGAAGACGAUAUAGUAGGAAUUAUUAGUAACAUUAGCUAUACUGCUCACCAUCUCAGGACGCUGACUAGCAAUCUUAACGAUGUGAGGACGACUUGCACUGACACAGUGACUAAGCAUACAGAAGAUUUAAAUCAGAUAAAUAAUUCUCUCGCCAAUGUUCAACUUGACACAACAGCUCUAAAGGCUCAGCAGGAAAUUAUGAGACAACGAUUAGAUAAUGAAGUAGCCAAUUUAUCAGUUAUCAUGGAAGAAAUGAAGAUAGUUGAUUCCAAGCAUGGACAGCUGAUUAAGAAUUUUACAAUACUUCAAGGACCACCAGGUCCAAGAGGGCCUAAAGGAGAGAGAGGACCACAAGGUCCCAUGGGAACUGUUGGACCAAAAGGACAAACAGGAGUACAGGGAGAACCAGGGCUGCCAGGACCUGCUGGGGAAAAAGGACCACCUGGGCCAAUAGGCCCUCCAGGAGAAAAAGGUUCAAAAGGCUCAAGAGGUUCACAAGGCAACAAAGGGCAAAGAGGAUCAUCUGGUAAACCUGGAGAACCUGGACCAAAAGGAGAUCCAGGUGUAUCAGGUUCACCUGGAUCAAGUGGACCACCUGGGCCACCUGGGCCUGAAGGCCCACAAGGUGUUAAAGGAGUCAUUGGCGAGCCUGGUGUUCCUGGUGUCAGAGGGGCAACUGGUCCACCAGGUAUACCUGGACUUCCUGGACUUCCAGGACUUAGAGGACCACCUGGACCACCUGGAGAUGCUGCAAAAGCCCUGUUAUUGCCAGAUGAUUCUACACCAGAAUUUAUGAUGAAUCCUUUGGUGACAGGUUGUCCAUAUGAGUGGAGGAAUUUUUCUGACAAGUGUUACUAUUUCUCAAGUGGAAAAGAUAUAUUUGAUGAUGCAAAGCUUUUCUGUGAGGAUAAAGGCGCUGUGUUAGUUGUCAUAGAAACUAAAGAAGAGCAACAAUUCAUUAAGAAACAAACAAAUGGUAACGGAAAUUUCUGGAUUGGACUAACAGACAGAGAAGAAGAGAAAGUAUGGAAGUGGCUGGAUGGAACUGUACCAAGCUUCACAAAUUGGAAGCCUGGACAACCAGACAACUGGGCUUCUGAAAUGGGACCUGGGGAAGACUGCGCAGGGGUAGUAUUUUCAGGCUUGUGGAAUGAUUUCCAUUGUGCAGAUGUCAAUAACUUCAUAUGUGAGAAGCCUAGGGUCAAAGUUCAGCCUACAGAAGUCUCAUAGAAUAUGGCAUUGCGAGCGGACAUGGAAUAUUAGAACUACUUUGGAGAUCGUCCUUUCAGAGGAGAACAAAUAACUGGAUUGUGCUAUACCAACAAAAUCACAAAAGCAAGCACUAAAACUGGGCCAAUAUGAACUUCUGCAAUCUGUUAUUAUUUUUCCAAGAACUUUGCUGUGGAUUGAACUUCAACUAUUAACCUAGAGUUAGAGAUUUGUCUAAUACAAUAUAACCAUCAACCGGGAAAAUAUUGAAAUACAGUUUCAUGAUUACCUAUGCAAUAUCUGCUUGAAAAAAUAUUUUGGAUAUAGCUUCAACAACUGUAUUCAAACAGUGUUGUUUAACUAAAAUCCAAACUGAAUAUAAGGAAGAAAAUAAUACAGGUUUAUAGCUGGUUUUGUACUCAGUGGAAUAUAUUUUUAAAAAAAAGCUUUUGAAAACAUUUGUAUUUUUGUACAAGAUAUUUGCAUUUUAUUAUUUUUGUAUGUAAUAUAGAGUUUCAGUGCCAAAGAACACAUUAUGCAUUUUAGUAAAAAUAGCUAAUCAUUUAAAGAGAAUUUUAUCACUCCAAUGUUGCCAGUUCAAUACUCCUGUGUUUUAAUUUUAGAAAAUGUUUUGCUGUGGUAUACAAAUAGGAUAUCAGUGGUCAUGCAAUAAGGCCAAAGCUAGAACUCAAAUGACCUUGUUUCAGUUGUACCUUAAAAAGAAACAUAAUCCUAUUUGUUACAGGCCUGUGUUGUACAACAGCGUUAUCCACUUCCAAAUGGAACAUGAGCCUCUUGCACUCUCUGCCAGAACAUUUGUUUAUUGAAGCUAUGGUCUUAUAAAUGUCAGUCAAAGCCCUUUACACUAAGGUUUAUUCCUUCAAAUCUCACAUUGGAUACUAUUAUGUUGUGGUAUGUCUGCUUUAAAGAAUGUCAGUAAACCAUACCAAAAGUUUGGUUGAUGGUC